CGCUUCUAUAAAUACGACCAAUGUCGCGAUUGUGUUCGCUUUUACUUCGAAUCCUUUUAUCGAGAACAUUUGCAACAUGUAUCUGGUACUGCUCUAUGCUUUUGCAGUAAAAGGAGUUUUGAGCAUAAUAGUUACAGACCCGCCACCAACGAGUACAGAGUACAACUAUUGGUACGAUAUCGUUGAUCCUUCUACCGGCGACGCCAAAAGUCUUCACGAAGUUAGACAAGGCGAUGUUGUUAAAGGUUCGUACUCCGUCUUAGAUCCUGAUGGAACCAAACGGAUUGUUGACUACACCGCUGACUCUAAAAACGGUUUUAAAGCAACUGUUCGUAAUGAACCUUUUACUACGAACCAACUGCAAAACAAACGUCAUAUGAAUUAUAAUCCAAAUAAUGUACAUAAUUUUGGUGGGAAUGGAUAUAUAUAUCCCGCUCCAUAUUUAAAAAAAAAGGUGCCACCUAAAUUUUCUUUGAACCGUUUUGUUCAAAGUGAUCAAACGAUUUAUUUUACACCUGGCAAUGAUACAUCGUCUGAACGUCUCAAUUUCAACCGUGGAGAAUAUUUUAUGCCUAAUUAUAUGCAUAAUUAA